GUACUCCGGUCCAGUAGGAGGCACCGUAAUGCUGGUUUGCCAUCCACCGUUACAUACCAGAAGAAGAACAAGAAGAGCAGCUGACUGACUGUCAUAAUGAGGUUCAGAUUUUGUGGAGAUUUGGACUGUCCUGACUGGGUCCUUGCCGAAAUAAGCACCUUAGCUAGAAUAUCGAGUGUCAAGGUGAAGCUUCUGUGUGUGCAAGUCAUUAAAGAUCUGCUUGAUGAAGGCAUCGAUUAUGACAAAGUUUCAAAGCUAACCGCAGAUGCAAAAUUUGAAAUUGGAGACGUUAAAGCCAGUAUAGCUGUGCUGAGUUUCAUUCUGACCAAUGCUGCUAAACAUGAUGUGGACAGUGAAUCUCUCUCCAGUGAAUUACAGCAGCUUGGGUUGCCGAAAGAGCACACAACAGGACUGUGUAAAUCGUAUGAGGAUAAGCACAGUGCUCUACAGGAAAAGCUGAGGGAGAGCAGCCUACGCUUGGGUCGUCUGGAAGCGGUGAACUGGCGUGUGGAUUACACCCUGAGCUCCAGCGAAAUAAAGCAAGUGAAUGAACCCACAGUCCAGCUCAGACUUCAGGCUCAGGACCCCGAGACCGACUCCACAGAGACCACCGUUGUCUCCAUCACUGCUGACAAGUUCAGAGUCCUGCUAACAGAACUCAAACAAGCACAGACUAUGAUGAAUGCACUACAGUGAACCAGUCAUCCUUUCUUGAACAGUAUUGAUGAAAGAAUCUGUCCGUGUAUAUAAAAUGUGCUUCUCAGAAAGAAAAGAAGAAUGUUUUUUUAACAUUAUGUAUUUUGAAUAGGUCUAACACAGUGUUUAGUCAAAUGUUGUUGCUCAAAUUGAGCAGACCUUAAAAAAAGCACAUCAAUCAGAUUUCUUUUUGGACCAGAUGUCACUAGAUACUUAAUUUUGUCACGUGUUGAAGAACAAAAAGCUCUUAGUGAUUCAUCUCACCUCAUGUAUUUGUCUUAAUAUCGAGUGUAUUUUGUUAAAUGUAUUUUUUUCCCUUUUUCUUGAAAAAAUUGUAAUGUAAUAACAACAGUUAAUUGUCUAUAUUUCAAGACCCUUAAAGUUACUUACAAUUUCA